GAGGGCAAUUGGUACAUUGUGCUAACACUUUCUGCCGACGCCAUGGUAUUGUGGACUAAGACCCUGAAGAGGCCUGCAAAUGCUAUACUCACUGACGUGUACAUUAAUUGGAGAUGAAGGAAGCAGAGCAAUAUAAAAGCCCCAUCUCUUGCUGACUGACAGUUCAAACAAAUACACCUGUAUUCUACUCUCACAAUGGCACCAGAACGAUACCAAUCUGCUAGUGGCGAUGCCUCUCCUCUGGGCAAGCCCCUCAAGUUCCAAUUCUCUGGCAGAACAGCCAAGAACCGAUUCUUAAAGGCUGCUAUGACAGAGCGUAUCUCAUCAUGGGAUCCCAAGGACUUCAAGGCUCGAGGAAUCCCUUCCAAGAACCUCAUCAACGUAUACAAGCGCUGGGGUGAAGGGGGCUUUGGCCAGAUCUUGACUGGAAAUAUCAUGAUCGAGUAUGACCAAUUGGAGGCAAUGGGAAACCCAAUCAUCCCCAGGGACGCUGAGUUUUCUGGCCCUCGAUUUGAAGCCUUCAAGGAGUUGGCAACACAGUCGAAAGCCCAUGGUUCUUUGAUUGUAGGCCAAGUCAGCCAUCCUGGCCGUCAGGUGGAAAACAGAAUUCAGAAGAACCCCAUCUCUGCUUCUGAUGUUCAACUCGAGGGUCAAGUGAUGGGCAUGGAAUUCGCCAAACCCCAUGCCGCGAGUCAAGACGAAAUCAAUGUCGUAAUCGACGGCUUCGCCCACGCAGCAGAGUUCCUCGAGAAAGCAGGCUAUGAUGGCAUUGAACUACACGGAGCUCACGGUUACCUCCUUGCGCAAUUCCUCUCCCCGACCACAAACAAACGAACGGAUAAAUAUGGAAGCUCGCUCGAAAACCGCCUGCGGAUCAUUCUUGAAAUCGCUGAUGCUUGUCGGAAGCGAGUCUCUAACGACUUCAUUAUUGGCAUCAAAGUUAACUCAGUUGAGUUCCAAGACAAGGGAUUCUCUCCAGAGGAUGCGAAAGGAUUGUGUCAAGCGCUGGAAGAGGCCAAGUUUGAUUACGUCGAGCUUUCGGGCGGGACAUACGAAUCUCUUGCCUUCGGCCACAAGAGAGAGAGCACGAAGAAACGUGAAUCAUUCUUCAUCGAGUUCGCGGAGGAGAUCGUGAAGCCCCUUACAAAGACGAAAACAUACAUCACCGGUGGAAUGAAGACAGUCGGCGCCAUGGUCAAGGCUCUUGAUACGGUCGAUGGUGUCGGCCUUGCACGUCCCGUAUGCCAGGAACCCCACCUCCCCAGAGAUAUCCUCGAUGGCAAGGUCAGGGGAGCCAUUAAAUUGAAGCUCGACGACAAUGACUUUGGUCUUACUAACGUCGCUGCUGGAACACAGAUCAGACAAGUUGGCAAGGAACAGGAGCCGAUUGACCUUAGUGAUCAGAAGAACGUGGAUGUGUUUAAGAAGGACAUGGGGGCUUGGGGGAAGAAGCUUGGUGACGAUAAGGAGAUGAGGGAGUUUGGAUACGUUGAUCUUAGUCAGGCUGCAAAGCCGUACGGU